CUGAGCAACUCUUUUCCUAUCUCUGCGAACACUAGGGGCUCUCGCAUUCUGUCCGGCUCAGCUCUUUUUCGGGAUUUUUUUGCUGGAAACAAAUGUGCAGUUAAUUAUCAUAUGUAUAAGUCAGUUUCAGGAAGGGGGCUGUACAUGGAAAUCCCAUGUGAGCCAAGAGCAGGCAGUUAUUUUAGGGGGUGGAAAUAAAAGUGCAGAAAGGCAGCGGGCGAGCAGCACAGGCAGAGAGAAGCCUGAACUGACUGAGCCUUUGUGCAACAGGCUGCCAGCGCUUUGUAUCAGCACUCACUCCCCCCUUUCAUUGACAACUUGCAACCCGACACACAGGACUGCGGCACAACUUCGAAUCAUCUUCCCACGGUAACGAAUCGCAGCGAGCUGGAAACUUUCCUGCGACUCGGACUGACUUGUGAAAAGUUGGGAGGCUGAAGGACUUUGCUCCGCAGAGAGGGAUUGGUGGUUACAACAACAUCUAGGGACAAAAGUCACUGAGCUGUGCGCAACCCUGGGCAGCCUGGAUCUAAAGAAAAUCGUCUCUAGCUGCUCGUCUAGCAUGCAGAACUACAAGUAUGACAAAGCCAUGGGCCCCGACAGCAGGAACGGGGGCACCGCAGCACUAAACAACAACAAUGGCACCAGCAACUGCAGGAAAGUCCUGCUCAUAUUCCUGGAUGUCUUCUGUCUCGUAGUGGCAUGCCUGCCAGCAGUGGUGCUGAAUAAAUGUGCUGUCAUGCCCUACCAGCGGGGCUUUUUCUGCAGUGAUGAAAGCAUCAGAUAUGAAAUAAAGAAAAACACUGUAUCUGUUCCGCUGCUUCUUACAGUGGGGGUGUUGGUGGCAUUAGUCACUAUAAUAGUGGGAGAAUUCUUCCGAAUCCACUACUUAAAAGAAAGACCUCGCUCCUUCAUCCAGAAUCCUUAUGUGGCUGCCCUGUACAAGCAAGUCGGAUGCUUUGCCUUUGGCUGUUCUGUUAGUCAGUCCUUCACGGACAUUGCCAAAGUGGCUAUUGGGCGGUUGCGCCCACAUUUCCUGAAUGUCUGUGAUCCAGACUUCAGUACAAUCAACUGCAGCUUGGGUUACAUUGAAAAUUAUGUAUGCAGAGGGCCUCCAAACAAAGUCAUGGAAGCCAGAAAAUCAUUUUUCUCCGGCCAUGCUUCAUUUUCUAUGUACACCAUGCUGUACUUGGUGUUCUAUCUACAAUCACGGUUUACUUGGAAAGGAGCUCGUCUGUUGCGCCCCCUCCUGCAGUUCACCCUGCUCAUGAUGGCAUUCUACACAGGACUGUCCCGCGUUUCUGACCACAAGCAUCACCCCUCUGAUGUGCUAGCAGGUUUUGUGCAAGGAGCCCUGGUUGCUUACUGCAUAGUGUUUUAUGUAUCGGAUCUCUUCAAAACACCAAAGAAGAGCUGCACUCCUACUACAAUCAAGAAGGAAAUCCUCUCACCUGUGGAUAUCAUUGAGAGAAAUAUUGUAUAAAAACCACAACCCAGUUGCAAAUUGACUUCUGACAGUGAAUACAACUACCUGCUGCUCUCAAAUCUCAUCAGACAGUAGAAUGUAGGGAAAGACUUUUUUUUUACCCAACCAGAAGAGCAAAAUGCCCACUAUGAGGCCUUUAGAUUGCAACUUUGCAUGAGACACGUGAUGGUCAACUAAAUCUAGAUGCAAAGCAAUGGGAAACAUGGGUUGCAAUUCAGGAUGUGCAAUUGGUUUUUACAUGUUCAUGUUAUAAUGAACAGGGUUUAGUUCAUAUGUUUAUGAACGCCACACAUUUUAAUGUAAAGGGAGUCAUCUUGGAAUCUUCAUUUCUUGGCUUAUAGGAAAGCUCAAAACAAACCACAGCACUAUAUAUUUAGAAAAAGUAGCACUGAUUAGGAUCAGGAUGUCUUCCUAUGGAGUCGCCUUAUCCUUCAUGUCAUUGACCUUUCCAUGCUGAUUAUUUUGCCAGUGUUAUGUAGGGGUGGUUGGCAAUAUCAGAGGGUUCUCGCUGUGCAUUUUGUGCAAAGAAAAUAAAUAUGAAACAUCUACAUUUUGUAAUAAUCUAUAAUGAAAGAUACAGCCAAGCCAGAUAUUCCCCUGAGGAUGUUUAAAAUGAACGUCUGUCCUGUGAAUUUUAUUUGACACUGAACCCAGCAGGAAGGAACAAGACCUUCCAAAAGGAUUACGCAACCUCGGGUUUUUAGAGUUCCUUCAAAGCAGGAAUAACGAUAAUGGUCUGUCUUGCUUGAGAUUUUAGCACUAUGAACUUUGGGGUUGAUACCCAGUGAAUAUUAAUACAAAGGAUUUGAUAUGGUCUGCUGGUCAGAACAUCCAAAUUCCAAAAUCUGUUGUAGUCUGUGCAGUCUCUUCUUUCAAUUAAGGGUUCUUUAAAGAAGCCAUAGCAUUUCAUGAAAUAAGCAUCCAUUUUUCAUACCGUUCAUUUUCCACUCACCAAGAUACCAGUUUUUAAUUAAAUAAACAAAUUUUAAAGGGCUAUAUUGAAAAGGGAUUACGAAAACAGUAUAAACUGACCAUUUGCACAUCCUUUUACUAGAGAAUCCGUCCAAUCAUUUCAAGUAUAGCAAGCUAUGAUUUUUUUUAUAUAUAAAUAUUAUAUAAAUAUUGUACAAAGCAUUAAAAUUUAACUAUGUAAAAUAUUAUUUCUGAAAACAAUUUUAGAUAUAUCCACUAUGAUCAUAAACUGUGUCUUGACCUGUGUUACGUUGCUGCUUAAAGCACCAGUUUAAUUUUUGUAUAGUCAACUAAAAUAUUGUAGAUCUGUGGUAGUAAUUUCACUAUUAAAAACUACAACUAGAGACAAUUGUAUAAAUGCUAUAAAUUGUCAGUAUUUUUGUAAUGUUUAAUUUUGUAAAAAAGAAUAUUAUUCAAAUACUUUUGUAGAAUGCAAAAUUAAUUUUUUUUUGCAGAAAUCGCUGUACAAGGAUGCUUUUUUAAAAUAAAAGCUCAUAUUGUUUAAUAGUUCUA